CUGAACUUCUUCUUCUUUAUCUAAUUUGCAAUGGCUGAUGGUGCAGAGGUGGUCUAUACUGUGCUGGAAGUAAUCAUCGCUGUAGCAUGUUGCCUGGGCAAUAUGCUGGUGAUCUGGGCAGUGUGGAAACGAGGAGCCCUCAGACAGCCCACAUUCUGCUUCAUUGUGUCCCUCGCUGUGGCUGAUUUCUUGGUUGGCGCUGUGGCCAUCCCUCUGGCUGUGCUGGUGGACGGCCGGGUGAAGAUAUCUUUCUAUGGCUGCCUCUUCAUCAGCUGUGUCGUCAUCGUGCUGACUCAAGCCUCAGUCCACUCUUUACUGGCCAUUGCUGUGGACCGUUUUUUGCGUGUUUAUAUCCCUCUUAGGUACAAAGGGAAAGUCAAACUGGUGCACUCGUGGGCUGUGGUAGCAGCAUGUUGGGCGACAGCUGCUGUAUUGGGGUUUACUCCCAUAUUUGGAUGGAACAACCGUGAGUCUGCAAACUCCACCAUUGUGUGCACGUUCUUGACCGUCAUUCCCAUGUCCUACAUGAUUAACUUCAACUUCUUCAGCUGCCUCCUUCCUCCAAUGAUCAUCAUGUCUGUCUUGUAUUGUUACAUCUUCUGCAUGAUAUAUCAACAACUGAGAGGUGGUGUCGGCAGCACCAUCAAGUCCAGUGCAUAUUACGUUAAAGAACAGAAGCUGGCCAGUUCACUGGCUCUGGUUUUAGCUCUGUUUGCAGCCUGCUGGCUGCCUCUACACAUCAUGAACACUGUUCAGUUUUACUGGUCUGAUGUUCCUCUUAAUGCUUUCUAUGUUGGAAUUCUCCUGUCUCAUGCAAACUCAGCGGUGAAUCCUGUAGUGUAUGCUUUCAAGGUACCAAAGAUAAAGGAAGCAUACAUAAUGGUCUUGAAGAAGGCUCUCCCAUGUAAAAGAGAACAGCAAGAUCAGAGCAGCCAGACAGUAGAGAAUAAUGGCAGCAGCAACACAAACAGCACUGCUAAAUCUGCCACAAAUCUUUCCUAACUUACAAUACCGGUGCUGUUCAGCAUUACCUGCUGCAGAACUGCAAAGCAUUAAGAGAACUUCACCAGCCUUGUCUUUAUGUAAAUACAAUGUGGAAUGGACAAAUAGAAAUAACCACAACUUUGUUAAGCUAUUUUAAUUUAGGCCAGUAGCACCCACUGGCCAAAACUGUUUCACAAGGACAUUUCAUUUGGCCUGCUAGAGAGUUGCCUAACCCCCCAGCUCUGUAAACACAGAGAAAAAGCAAAGGUCAUUUGCACAUAUACAUUUUUAUACAUAUUUUUCAGAACAAUUUUAAUAUA